CCUGCGCCGGCGCGCGAGGGGGUCCGGCGGGCGGCCGUUAGAGCGGCCGGCAACCAUGAUCACUUCCGGUUUCUCUUCCCCCAACCCCUCCGCUGCAGCUCAGGAGGUCAGGCCUGCCACUGAUGGUAGUAGCGGCAGCAGCUCCUCCUGCAAGAAGAGAAAGUUAAAUAACAGCAACUCCGAAAGAGAGGAAUUCGAUUCCAUUUCCUCCUGCUCCUCAUCUCCUUCCAAAAACAACUCCUCCUCGUCUUCUUUGGUCAUCACCGCCUCUUCGUGCUCCUCCUCAGGGGUUGCCUCCUCCAACCAUCACCUCCAGAAGAAGCUGCGCUUUGAGGACUCCUUGGAUUUUAUCGGACUCGAUGUGAAGAUGGCUGAAGAGUCUUCCUCCUCCUCCUCUCCCGCUGCCUCUUCUCAACAGCAGCACCAACAGCAGCUCAAAAAUAAAAGCCUUUUAAUUUCUUCAGUGGCCGUAGGGCACCACGCCAAUGGCCUGACCAAAGCUGCCUCCUCUACUGUGUCCAGUUUCGCCAACAGUAAACCUGGCUCCGCUAAGAAAUUAGUGAUCAAGAACUUUAAAGAUAAACCCAAAUUGCCUGAAAACUACACAGAUGAAACCUGGCAAAAACUGAAAGAAGCCGUAGAAGCAAUCCAGAACAGUACUUCCAUUAAGUACAACUUAGAGGAGCUCUAUCAGGCUGUUGAAAAUCUCUGCUCCUACAAGAUUUCAGCAAACUUGUACAAACAAUUGAGACAAAUCUGUGAAGACCACAUUAAAGCACAAAUUCACCAGUUCAGAGAGGAUUCCUUGGAUAGUGUUCUUUUUCUAAAGAAAAUAGACAAAUGUUGGCAAGAUCACUGCAGACAAAUGAUUAUGAUUAGAAGUAUUUUUUUGUUCUUGGACCGAACUUACGUACUUCAGAAUUCGAUGCUGCCAUCUAUUUGGGAUAUGGGGCUAGAAUUGUUCAGGACUCAUAUAAUCAGUGAUCAGAAGGUUCAGAACAAAACAAUUGAUGGCAUUCUUCUGCUGAUUGAGAGAGAAAGAAAUGGUGAGGCUAUCGAUAGGAGCUUACUGCGAAGCCUUCUGAGCAUGCUUUCUGACUUGCAGAUUUAUCAAGAUUCUUUUGAGCACAGAUUCUUGGAAGAAACUAACCGUCUGUAUGCAGCAGAAGGACAGAGGCUGAUGCAGGAACGUGAGGUUCCAGAAUAUCUUCACCAUGUCAACAAGCGCUUGGAAGAAGAAGCAGACAGGAUAAUCACUUACUUGGAUCAGAGCACGCAGAAGCCACUAAUUGCUACUGUAGAAAAGCAACUUCUAGGUGAACAUUUAACAGCCAUUCUCCAGAAAGGUUUAAACCACCUUCUGGAUGAAAACCGAAUUCAAGACCUGUCCCUUCUGUAUCAGUUAUUCAGUCGGGUGAGAGGUGGAGUGCAAGUUCUCUUGCAGCACUGGAUUGAGUACAUCAAGGCAUUUGGUAGCACCAUAGUAAUUAAUCCAGAAAAAGACAAAACCAUGGUCCAAGAACUGCUUGAUUUUAAAGACAAGGUUGACCAUAUUAUUGAUGUUUGCUUUCUCAAGAAUGAGAAGUUUGUAAACGCCAUGAAAGAAGCCUUUGAAACAUUCAUUAACAAAAGACCAAAUAAGCCAGCUGAACUCAUAGCUAAAUAUGUAGAUUCAAAGCUUCGGGCAGGCAACAAAGAAGCUACUGAUGAAGAACUUGAAAAAAUGCUGGAUAAAAUUAUGAUCAUAUUUAGAUUCAUAUAUGGAAAAGAUGUGUUUGAGGCCUUCUAUAAAAAAGAUCUAGCAAAGAGACUAUUAGUUGGGAAGAGUGCUUCAGUAGAUGCUGAAAAAUCUAUGCUUUCCAAACUCAAACAUGAAUGUGGAGCUGCUUUCACGAGCAAACUUGAAGGAAUGUUUAAAGAUAUGGAGCUUUCAAAAGACAUAAUGAUACAAUUUAAACAGUAUAUGCAAAAUCAGAAUGUACCUGGCAAUAUUGAACUAACAGUGAAUAUCUUGACUAUGGGUUACUGGCCAACCUACGUGCCUAUGGAGGUCCACCUGCCCCCAGAGAUGGUAAAACUGCAGGAGAUUUUCAAAACCUUUUACUUAGGAAAACACAGUGGCAGGAAGCUUCAGUGGCAGUCAACUCUAGGACACUGUGUGCUGAAAGCAGAAUUUAAAGAGGGCAAAAAAGAGCUUCAGGUCUCCUUGUUCCAGACACUAGUGCUGCUCAUGUUUAAUGAAGGAGAGGAGUUCAGUCUAGAAGAGAUAAAGCAAGCCACUGGGAUAGAGGAUGGAGAGCUGAGAAGGACACUUCAAUCUCUGGCUUGUGGCAAAGCUAGAGUACUGACUAAGAGCCCCAAAGGAAAGGAUGUGGAAGAUGGUGAUAAGUUCACAUGCAAUGAUGAUUUCAGACAUAAGCUGUUCAGGAUAAAAAUCAACCAAAUUCAGAUGAAAGAAACGGUAGAGGAGCAGGCAAGCACUACAGAGAGGGUGUUCCAGGACCGGCAGUACCAGAUCGAUGCGGCCAUCGUGCGGAUUAUGAAGAUGCGAAAAACACUGAGUCAUAACUUGCUUGUGUCAGAGGUCUACAACCAGCUUAAAUUCCCAGUAAAGCCUGCUGACCUUAAGAAGAGAAUAGAAUCCUUAAUUGACAGAGACUACAUGGAAAGAGAUAAAGAAAACCCAAAUCAGUACAACUAUAUUGCAUAAACAUAUGUUGGCCUUUGUUUUACUGCACACUCGGUGUCAUACGCAAUUGCCAGUGGAUAAACUAGCCUGUUAAUCCCGUUAAUUGACUUUUUAUACUACCGAUGACUGAAUGAAAGCAGUGUAAUGGAGGAGAAUAGUAGAGUGGACUUCUUUCAGUGGUUAACAUGCCCAUUUAAAGAGUACUAUUUACAUUUUAAGAAGAAUGCUGUUGAACUCUUUGCAUGUUAUUUAGUAAGAUGUGCAGGAAGCUGCAAGAAAGUAUCUGGUCUUCGUAAUUCCAUUUGACUCUGGGUCUGAAGAGGAGAGUCCCUUGAUAUGACAGAUGUCUUUCACACCUUUAAAUGGAAACAGAAGGUUAAUAUAAGAAAAUAGCCUUUAAAAUGCUUAAACUGCAUGCAAACUUUUAAUUUACUGUACAGAAUGCAUUUCAGUUAGCAACAUACCAUUGGUUUGGAUGAUACCCACACGAGGGUUUUUCUCAAGGGGAGGGGAGAUGGGGAAUAAGCCGAGCUACGCUUAUUGCUGAUCUAGUGGAAUCUGUUCUUGGUUGCAGUUAAGACAAAAUGGUACCAAUAUAAAAUGAUUUAUACAAGUUUGUAGUGUGGGCAUAUGUAUACAAAUAUCAUUCUUAAAUAACUGCUACAACAAAACAAGUUCAGAUUUGUAUUUGUAUGGCUUGCCUGUAAGACCUUAGUGUUCACCUUUGGGAAUUUUAACAUAAAACAGCCAUAAUGGAAACAAAAGUGACAGUUCUUACUGGACAUGGGUAGGAGGCCUUCACCUCUUGGCAGCAAUACUCUACAAAAGAGAAUCUAUUUAAAGGUAUUUAUGAAAAGCCACACUGUUCUUGUGGUAAAGCUAUAAGAACAAAAGCUACAAAUUAAUUUUAAUACUUGUUUUGUUUUGCAACAUUCUGAACUUGAACAGACCUCAAGGUUUAGACAGGGCACGUAGGAGACUGCCCUGCUUUGGAUUGCUUUAACUUAAAGCUUUAAGAACUCAGCCCUAGAUGUGGCAGGCCUCCGAGAAACCCAGAAGCCUACCUCUCAUACAGAAAGACAGCCAAGUAUUGCUGUAAGGCAUCUAAAACAUCGUCUUAGGUGACCAGAGAGCAUUCUUUACAUCUGGAUAAGACACGAGAGAAUAAGUCACUUGAAUGUAGAGCUUUUUUUCAACAGGUUGUUUUUUAUUGCUAUAGCAGUACGACAGGAAUACAUGGGGUGAAAAAUGUCAACAGGAAAGGUAACUCCUCUACGUAACAGUUCUUCCUUACAGCCAAGCUUUAGACCUACAAUCAGCUGUGUUGCAGAGCACAAUGAAAAACCUCAUCUUUGUUCAGGCACUAACAGUCCUGGGGAAUAGCAGACGUUUCCUGUAAGCAAGAUGUUACUUUCUUUUCAGUGACAGUGUAACUUAGCGCUCUGUGAUCUCUAACUUUUAUCACUGUGAUCCCACUUUCAGGGGCCUACAUGUGAGAGAGGGGGUGUGUGUGUGUGUGUGUGUGUGUGUGUGUGUGUGUGUGUG